AUGAAUAUUUUAUUAUUUACUUUAUUUGCAGAUUUACAAGAAAAAGAAAGAACAACAAGUCCUGAAAUGUUAUAUGAAAAGACUGAGGAGCAACUAACAAGAAAAGAAAAGAAGUAUAAUAAAGAAGUUGAAAUGAAACAAGAACUUGAACAUAAUCUUAGAACACUAGAUAUGGAAUUGAGGACUGCAAAAAAAUGAUUUCAAUCAGCUGUGGAAGAAUUGAAUGAUACUAAGAAACAACUUUGUCAAGAACAGGAUGCCAGGAUAUUACAAGAUGGAAUUCUAAACAAUCACCUCUGCAAACAAAAGGAGGUAGAAAUGGAUAACAAAAGGAGUUCUGGGAUUUCUAAUAGUCAUGAAAAUGAAAAAUAUCUGUUGUAUAAAAAAUACAUGUUGAAGGAUCAAAUCGCUAUGCUAAGACUGGAAAUAGACACAAUAAAUAACCAGAACCAGGAGAAAGAAAGGAAAUACUGUGAAGACAUGGACAUUUUAAAAGAAAAGCAUGUCCAUCUUCAAAAGACCUUAAAACUGAAUGAGGAAAGAUUAACAAAAACAAUACUCCAACACAGUGGACAAAAAGCUCUGACCAUUGAGAACACAGUGCUAAAGUCUAACCUGGAGAAUGAAAAGCAAAACAAAGAAAGACUGGACGAAAAAGUUGAAUCAUACCAUGCUAGACUAGCUGCUGCUAUACAGGAUUAUGACCAAAGUCUGGUGUCAAAAAGAGACCUAGAACUUGCUUUCCAGGGAGGAAAAGGCAAAUGGUUUUGUGUACAGGACAAACUGAAUUUUGAUGUGUCUAACCUAAAAGAAGAUGAUGAACUUCUUUCUCAUAACCUUUCUGAAGCUGAAAGUAAAUUUAAUACUCUGGAAACUGAGCUCCAUUGCACAAGAGAUGCUCUCAGAGAAAAGACUUUGGUUUUAGAACGUGUACAAAGAGACCGAAGUCAAACACAGUGUCAGAAAAAGGAAAUUGAACAUGCUUAUCAAAGUGCACAAGAUAAAGCAAGUAAAUACAUUGAGAAGCAGGAAUCCUUAAAGGAGAGAUUAUCUCAACUACAAAGUGAAAAUAUGUUGCUUCAACAGCAACUAGAUGAUGCUCACAACAAAGCUUCCAGUAAAGAAAAGGUAGUAAUUAAUAUCCAAGAACAGUUUCAAGAUAUUAUAAAAAAAAAAAACCUUCAAGCUGAACAUCAAAAGCAAGCUCUUGUAAUAGAAGCAAGCAAGAAAGAGCAAGAAGAGUUAAUCAAUGAACAUAAUCUUUUAAAAGAAAGAAUUUAUGAGUAUUAAAAGGAGAAAGUAGAAAGAGAAGUAGCUGUGAGACAACUUCAAGAAGAAAUGGCCGAUACCCUAAAAACACAAUCUAUGUCAGAGGUUUCACUGGAGGUGACAUCACGUUGUGGUAUGAAUUUAGAAGAUGAGGUACAGGACUUAAAGAAAACACUGGCUCAGAUUAGGAAUCAGGUAUGUAUGAAAUGUAACAUGUCAAGUUAA